AACGCAUCAAAACUUUUCAAAACAUUGUAAAAAUUCGAAAAAUAGGUAAAUACUGCGAAGUUUACGUGAAAAACAGUGUUCUUUCAUUUCACGUGACACCGUAUAGAACCGACUUGCAUUGAAAAUGAUGCAAUGUAAACCGAUUUUAACCUAUUCCGGCGAUACCCGAAUUUUCAAGUCGCUAGAACCACACAUCGUUGCGGCGCUCCCAUCGGACACGGCAGAAUGGAAGCGUUCAUACGGUCGUCCGGUGAAAAAUGUUCGUGUCGAAGCCACCUUCAAGCCGUUCGAUCCGAACCUGCUAGAGAAGUACCGCGAUGGAAGCUGGAGCAUCGUUGACCACCCGGUGAUGCACAUUUACGUGACGGAGUGUAACGACGUUGAAGCGUAUCGGGCGUCAGUUAAGGAAGAGAUCGAUCAGUGGCUGAAAACGUUGAACGGCUACAAUGUUACGGAUUGGAUGAUACUGCUAGUGGAAACAUUGGAUAUCAAAAAGUCCAAAAACAUUCUUCCCCGGACAACGGUUUUAGACAAGAUCCGAUUGGAUUUCGCAUCCAAGAAUGGCGAUCGAUGUUUGUCGGUCUUGAACCCGACCAAGUUUGAGCUGAAAGCGACAGAGUCGUUUCGUUGUUUGCUCCAGAGGAUUCGUCAUCUAAUGCUGACGGGUUACAAUAAGAAUAUCGUGAAAUAUGAAGAGCUGAUUCGUUCGAAUCGAGAGAAUAGGAUACAAGAGAACUGGAAUUUUGUAGAUUAUUUUCUGUUGCAAGAGGAACUUGCGUUCGUGCUGGAAAUGCUCGGGCAAUAUUCGGAAGCGUUGGUUCAGUACGAUGAACUGGAUGCUCUUUUUUCGCAAUUCAUCUUGAAUUCGGUAUAUGGCGAUAAGCAAAAGUGGUUGCAGAUAUUCGAUCAACCGUUGUAUGCAUUUCAUGGUAUUUCACUGAAUCCGAUUAAGAUGGAUGAGACACGUAAGAAAAUUAUCAGUCAGUCGGUGAACUUGUUGGAGUUUAGAAGCUAUCUGUUCGAACGGCAAUGCUUACUGCUGGAUGCCAACGGAAAACCAUGGGAAAUUGCUGAACGUUUGUUACCGUUCUUGUUUUCAACACUUCGAGAAAUCGAUGCUCUGAAGCUGGAAACGCCCGAAGGAGCAUUGGCGUGUUGGGAAUUUGUGUGUGCUCUCGAAGUGCUGAAUCUUUGCGACAAGGUGCAAGAAUCGAAGGACAUUCAUAAGUGUUCCCAAUAUUCGGCUCCAAUUUGGAAUCUUGCCAAGGAUAAACUGUACAGUCUUGGCAAGCAAUGCGGUCUGCUACCGGGAUUUCAGCCAACCUCGGAACAGCUCCAUACCGUCGUGCAUUUGUCAGCUGGUAUGGGUGACAGCAUCCCGGAGAGCACCGGUGCUUUGCUGGAAGUGGAUGUAAAGGAUAGGAAAGCACAUUCCCCGGCACGCAAACCGAAAAAGUCUGCUACCGAUAGUUUGAAGGAAGCGUUAGGAUCUAACCAGGCAUUUACUAAGUUGUAUCUAGAAUUGAGCGAAUUGGCUAUCAGUACGUACAAACACGUAUCACGGUUGCGAUCUGCCCGGCUGGUGGGACUGGAUCUAGGCAAUUUCUACAUUACGCUCGAUGAACCUCAGAAAGCGGUAGUAUUCUUCACGGAUUUGUUGCGAGAGCUUAAAAGCGAGAACUGGCAUCACCUAUCCAGUCAAACGUUGCUGGAGCUGGCUUCGUGCUACAAAAAGAUGGAUGAUUGCGUCAACUAUACCAAAACGUGCAGUGCCAUUUCUUGCUGCCUGGACCUGGAGAUGAUGGUGCGAACGUUCUAUUUUGAUGAAUUUGUUAAAUCGUUAAAGAAGCUAAAGGAGCUAAGAAAUGUCGACAUUGAUGCACUCAAUGUUAUAACUGUGCUUGAUGACCAUUUCAAGAUAAUCGACAUCAACAUCGCACAAACUUCCAUAAUUCAGGAUGACGUCGUGUCGGUCGUACUUAAAGUCGACAGCUACUUCCCUCGUGAAAUAUUCUGCGAGCAAGUGUUGCUUUCGUUCGGCAUGAAUCCUAAGCAACCUUCCGACGCUGCACCAUCAAUCGCAACGGCGACCGAACCGUCGGCUUUGCUGCCGAUCUCCGUGCAUUUGGACUACAAGCAGGAUCACACCUUGAGCUGCGCCUCGGUUGCAUGUGACAACAAAGCCAAGCAGCCGGUCAGACGAACCAGCAGCACACGCCGAAAGAUAUCGCCUACCCAACGUUCAGAUUUCACCAACUGUGUGAGCAUCGAAAAAGUUUUACUCCAACCAGGAUCCAAUGUAAUCGAACUGAAAUCCAAGGCCAAACGAGUUGGCUCCUGGUCGUUCAAACAGCUAGCCGUACAGCUAGACAGUGUUGAAUUUCUCUCGGAAAGCCUGCCACAGGUAUUGUCCAGCUUCGAUAUCAUAACAAAGGCAUCGUCUGCUGUUUUGAAUUUCAUGAACCUGGUGGCCGGUGUAGAACAACCAGUCAAAUUGAUCGUUUCCGGUGGAAGUUUCCGCUUCCCAAAGGACGCCAGCAUUGUUCUCAGAUGUUCCAAGAAUCUCAAAAUGAGAAUUGCUAGUGCGGAUGAUGGCUCACCGAAGGCAGCAUUCGAACGAGAACUGCUGGUCAAUCUGCAGAACUUUGAAUCCUUUGAAGAAAGAACAAUCAAUUUGGAAGCCCUAUGCGACCUUCCCGGUAGACGCGAGGAAAAACCAAUUGAACAAAAAGUAACCCUCCAGGUCCCUUGGAGUCGCAACGAAAUACAAAUUCCUCUGCAUUUCCUUCCGGCGAUGAUCGCCUCCUGUCGGUUGCAUUCUUCCGGUGCGAAGAAAUUCCUGCAAGUGAUCCUGAAAGGCGUUAGCGAUCAUAAGCUCAUUCUCAAGGAUUCUUCAAUGUCAUGCGCUGCCGAAGGCGUAACCAUCAUCGAUAUAAAUCCCAAAUCGCAAAAUGAAAUCACCAUGAGCAAAACAGUGUCCAUUUCGUAUCUAUACGAAAUUCAAGUCGAAGCUCUCAAAGCAGAGAGUGAACUUUCUGUGAUUCAUGUAGACUACCGGAUGAGCUUUGCAGACGCCAGCCUACCGGAGGAAAUUCGAUACUACAUUCCAUAUUCCGUCACGUUCGAUGUGAUGGACUACACGACAUUAUUUACCAUUUGCGCAAAGAUAGAGCCAUCCGAGCUAUGCCGGGUCAAUUCGGUAUGUCAUUUAAAUUUGCGAAUAUCCAAGGUGCAUGCAAACCCAUUCUCAGAUCUUAUGUACGAGGUGCUUGCCGAUCAGAACAUGUGGGUGGUCGUGGGGCGAACGGCAGGUGUCAUCUCGAUGGAGGAUGUCGAUAGUCACAGCAUCACGCUGGACGUUCUACCGCUUACUGCUGGCUUCCUGCCGCUGCCAAACAUACGCCUGUCCAAAUACAUUGCAGCAACUAAGUCGUCCAAAACGGAUGCCCACCCUCGACUGCAGCCCUUUCCGCCGGGACAGAUUUAUAACUCGACCAAAAGCAUGCAAAUCCAUGUGCUAGCUAGUAGCAUCGUAGAAGCUUGAUUCGUAUAUUCUUAUGUUACGUUAUUUAUUGCUAUGAAUUAUACUCGAUAAUAAAGUAUUACUAUUGGACUUGAAA